AUGAUAAAACGCGAUAUGAACCCACGAGCCGAUCCUUGCUACGAGGUAGAGGAGUACUUUUGUGGCGGGUGGAAAGCCCGAACUUCUCUCCCAGCAGACGAGAGCUCGUGGACUCUGUCGUUUGACACUUUAGCACGCGACACAAGAGAGUACUUGAAAACAACGCUAGAGGCAAGAAGCUGCGCGGAUAUGCGGGCCGAGCUCCGGUCGAGAAGCCAGAGGGGGGGCGACAGGAUAGUGAAAACGAACGCUCUCCAUAGCGAACGCGAUCCGAAAGUGUCGCUUUCCUCCAGCCACAGCUCCCCGUCUACUGUGUCCGGAGAAACAAGGGACCGGGUAGAUGAGUGGGACGUGCUCGCUGCAUGCAUGUACGAAGCCUGCAUGGAUGAGGAGGCGAUCGACGCUCGCGGGGCAACGCCCCUUACAGAUCGCAUGUUUGGUGGAUCCGAGGCAGGUUAUGUGUCUCUGGACUUCUUGCUCGAUACGGACUUCGAAGCCGAAGCACGAGAACUCGCACGCGGAACGGCGCACCCAGAUGCGUCGCCUUGGAUGUUUUCUGAGUCGCGCGAAACAGUGCUUGUGCAGCGAUUACAAGCGAUAUUCCACCGUCUGAAAGACGUGUUGUUCUGGUCGGCGUAUGUGGGCCCAAAUGAGCUACACCCCGACCAAGGACAAACUUUGAAUCUGGGGAGUCUCAAACUCGGCUUGUCGUACCACUUCUACGAAGAGGGUCACGUGGACUAUCAGAUGUACUACAAAGAACACAUCGCCAACAUUCUCCAGAUAUUCGAGGCACACUUGCUGAAGACGCACCCCGAGUUGAUUCAGGGAGCUCAACUGCGAAACCCGAAUCUGAGACGCAGCUACUCCGAGCGAGCGCAGAGGAUCUUUGACUUUGAAAAAAACGACCUUCGCCCUCUGGUCCUCUCUCCCGAAGAAACACGGAAAGUGACACAGUACACACACGAAAUUACAUUUGGCGAGCUGAAGGCUUCCACUGGGGCCUUGGAUGUCGAGGCGCUGCUCCAUCUGUAUUUCGACAUGCUGCCUCAGAAAGGAGAGCAGGCUUUGUCCCCCUGUUUGGACGGGAAGAUCGCCUUCACGUCUUCAGGCGUCGUUGUAGACGACAGCCUUGUGCUCCUAAUCCACGAAAAAGACUACUUUGCCAAACUCGAGACGACGCUGCGCUCUGUCGACUGGGCGGUCUUACACGACUACCUGCUGUACAAAGUUGUCAGAAGCGACGCGAGUCUGUUGUCUAGGGAUUUUCGCGACGAGAUUAAACGCUACUCGAAGCGGGUCACGAAGGCCGAGCCACUUCCCCGCUGGCGCACGUGCGUUUCGUCUGUGCCGCAGUGGAUUUUGUCGCGGAGUUACGUGCUCGGGCGGUUCGACAGAGAGAAGAAGAAAUCAGUCCAGCAGAUGGUCUCAACCAUCCGCACGGCAUUCAAGAGCUUACUGGAAGAGUACGCGUGGAUGGACCAGUCGACGCGUGAUGAGGCGCUUGAAAAGCUCGCAGGGAUGAAGGAGAAAAUCGGCUUUCCUGACUGGCUUCUAGACGACUACGAAACGUACUUCACGCGAUACUACGGGGACAAGUCCGCCGCACUGAAACUCGCAGACACCCACUUCGAGAUCCAGUGGCGCCUCGGUCUCGAGGCGAUUCGGUCCCAGCUCGCAGAAUUCGGAGAACCUGUUGAUCGCAACGAGUGGGCGAUGAAGCCGCACAGUGUAAACGCGUAUUUCUCGCCCUCGCAAAACGAGAUUGCCUUCAUGGCGGCGGUCCUCCAGGAGCCGUCGCUCUUUGUGGCCAGCCCCGGGGCAAGCCUGGGCGAGGAGACCGUCGUGAAGGCGCUGAGCUACGGCGCGAUCGCCGGGGUGAUUGCGCACGAAAUCACUCACGGCUUCGACGACGUAGGGAAAGAAUACGACGUCAACGGACGCCUGCGGAAUUGGUGGACGCCGGAGAGUGAGGCAGCCUUCAAAGCAGAAGCCACGUGCAUGAAAGACCAGUACAGCGGGUACAGCGUCGUUAUCGCAGAGGUAGAUGAUGUUGCAGAGGCAGAGAGCAGACACGCGAGCCGGGAAGUGAAAGAGGUGAACACAGAUACAAACACCAGACAGAAAACAGUUCGAGUGAGAGGCGACUUGACUCUAGGGGAGAAUAUCGCAGACAAUGGCGGGAUUCAGCUGGCCUGGGCAGCUUUGAAACUCGAAUUGUCGCCUGAGCAACUUGCGUCGCGACCCCUGGAGAACUACGGGAUCCCACUCACAACCGCGCAACUCUUCACUUUUUCCUGGGGACAUUUCUGGUGUGAGAUCGCUCUGGACAGCUUCAUUCGCCGGCAGGUUGAAACUGACCCGCACUGUCCCGCGCGAUUCCGCAUUCAGGGCCCUCUAGCCAAUUUCCACCUCUUUGCUGAGCAAGAACAGUGCCCAGUGGGAAGCGUGAUGAAUCCAGAGAAGAAAUGCCGAGUGUGGUAA